AUGUUGGUUCCCAGUCCUCUCGCUAGAUCCAGGGAGCCUCUUGGCAGGAUUGCGAGGGAGGGCGAAUGGUACGACCUGCUGUGUCCCCGAUAUCGUCUCCAGAAGAUGGCCAAGCCCUCGCAGCUCAAAUGGCGCCCCCCGAAUGAGGACUCGAUUAUCUUCACGCAGACGUCCUGUGGACUCAACUUCAAUGGACGUCAGGCAUGUGCCGUUGAGAGUGCAGCUCGUCACCAUCGCCAUCGAUCAGUUAUCGUUUACGUCACUGCUCCCUUUAUUGAUAUGUCACAUCCCUUGAUAAAGGGGAGACUCUGGCUCAUUAAUGAAGAACACCAAAGUGCCUUUAUGUCUGAUGCCUCUAGAGCCGAGAUCCUGAGAAAAUAUGGUGGCACUUACAUGGAUAUGGAUGCCUUGACUCUUCGACCACUUCCAGACAGGACCAAUUAUUUGGGGCGAAUUGACAAUGAAACAAUCACUGGAGCCAUCAUAAGCAUUGUCAAAGGGCAUCCUCUAAGUCAAAUUUUGGUCAAAUCUCUUCCAGAAGCAUUUGACCCUUUCCAGACUGAGAGCAUUGGCCCUUCCUUGGUCACCUCUGCCCUGAGGGAGUUGUGCCCAGGAAAUCUGACCAGCAGCACUUACUCUCGACGCCUCUCCAAUGCUUCCAAUGACGACGAAGUGUCUGCGUACCUGGAAGACACUUCGCCAUACUUUCAAACCUCCGAAAUAUGCUCUAAUCUGACCAUUUUUCCUGAGAAAAUGUUUUAUCCCAUUGGCUUCCAUUUCAACACGGGAGAAAGAUACCUCUUAUUCAAAAGAGGUCGUGGUUAUGGACAAAAAUUCUUGAGGACUUCAAAGGCAUAUAGUUUGCACCUCUAUAGUUCUCUGACCUGGAUGGAGGAAGCUAUGUCAGGUGGAGAUUCCAUUAUGGAGGAAGCCAUGAUGAGAAACUGUCCCAGUGUAUAUCAUUACAUAAAAGGAACUGAUGGACGCCUUUGA